AUGAGGAUGAGUUCUCGAAUUGAAUGGUUUAUUAACCGGAACUCACACAUGCUACUGUUUGGUCUUAGCCUACGCCAAAUUAUUCCCUAUUCAAACACUCUGUUAGGAUGUGAAGGAGGCAGAACAAUGCAAGCCUCCUCCCCAGCCCCCUCCCCAGCCACCUCCCCAGCCUCCUCCCCAGCCACCUCCCCAGCCCCCUCCCCAGCCCCCUCCCCAGCCACCUCCCCAGCCACCUCCCCAGCCCCCUCCCCAGCCACCUCCCCAGCCCCCUCCCCAGCCACCUCCCCAGCCCCCUCCCCAGCCACCUCCCCAGCCCCCUCCCCAGCCCCCUCCCCAGCCACCUCCCCAGCCCCCUCCCCAGCCACCUCCCCAGCCUCCUCCCCAGCCACCUCCCCAGCCACCUCCCCAGCCUCCUCCCCAGCCACCUCCCCAGCCACCUCCCCAGCCUCCUCCCCAGCCACCUCCCCAGCCACCUCCCCAGCCACCUCCCCAGCCUCCUCCCCAGCCACCUCCCCAGCCACCUCCCCAGCCUCCUCCCCAGCCACCUCCCCAGCCACCUCCCCAGCCCCCUCCCCAGCCUCCUCCCCAGCCACCUCCCCAGCCCCCUCCCCAGCCUCCUCCCCAGCCUCCUCCCCAGCCCCCUCCCCAGCCCCCUCCCCAGCCUCCUCCCCAGCCCCCUCCCCAGCCACCUCCCCAGCCCCCUCCCCAGCCACCUCCCCAGCCACCUCCCCAGCCCCCUCCCCAGCCACCUCCCCAGCCACCUCCCCAGCCUCCUCCCCAGCCACCUCCCCAGCCACCUCCCCAGCCCCCUCCCCAGCCCCCUCCCCAGCCACCUCCCCAGCCUCCUCCCCAGCCCCCUCCCCAGCCACCUCCCCAGCCUCCUCCCCAGCCACCUCCCCAGCCUCCUCCCCAGCCACCUCCCCAGCCUCCUCCCCAGCCACCUCCCCAGCCCCCUCCCCAGCCACCUCCCCAGCCUCCUCCCCAGCCACCUCCCCAGCCUCCUCCCCAGCCACCUCCCCAGCCCCCUCCCCAGCCCCCUCCCCAGCCCCCUCCCCAGCCUCCUCCCCAGCCACCUCCCCAGCCCCCUCCCCAGCCACCUCCCCAGCCACCUCCCCAGCCUCCUCCCCAGCCACCUCCCCAGCCCCCUCCCCAGCCACCUCCCCAGCCACCUCCCCAGCCCCCUCCCCAGCCCCCAAUUAA